AUCUUUUAUGAAUGAUAAUAAAUUUGACUUUUUAAUAGUCGGUACUGGAUAUAGUGAGUCUAUAUUAUCCAGUGCACUCUCUUCAGCUGGAUACAAGUGCUUACAUAUAGACAAAAAUGAUUAUUACGGCGAUAAUUGGGCCACCCUACCUAUAACUGAAUUGGAUAGUAGUACUAUAAAGAUAAACAACCUCAAGAAUCCAAAUAAGUUCCUUAUCAGCCGACAUCCCUCGGUAAUACUCACCGAGAGAGGUAAAUCAAAUCAAUUGGAUACAAUACUCAAGUCUAGCGUUUUCAACUAUCUCAGUUUUAAGUUGGUCGAUAGUUUAAUACACUACAACGAUGGCGAAUUCACUCAAAUACCCAAAUCGAAGCAGGAAGUAUUCAAAUCGACGAUCAGCCUGAAAGACAAGAGAAUGCUGAUGAAGCUUCUACAAUGGAUCGCCUCCAGGGAGUUCCUCAAAGAAGAAAAUAUGAAAUUAUCCGAGUAUAAACCAGAGAUACCUAUAUCGCUUUUCUACUCUCUUAUAUACUCAUUCGGAAUGGCUAUAAACCUCGAUGAAGACACCCACUCGGCCUUUAACCGUAUGAGUACCUUCAUGAAUGGACAUGGUGUGUAUGGACCGUCAUGUUUCCUCUAUUCUCAAUAUGGCGGCGUCGGCGAUAUAAUACAAGGAUAUUGCAGGUCUAGCGCAGUACAUGGAUCUACAUUCAUCUUGAAUCACGCCUUAGAGAGUUUAGAGAAGUGCGAUUCAGAGUAUAGCGUGAGAUUGCAUAAUUUCGAAGAAACAUUCACAGUAAAGAAAGUAAUUUCAAAUGCGAAAAAUUUAUACCUAAAUCAGCCGUCAAGGGUGAUCAAUAAGAUUGGUAGAGCUGUUAUGGUGUUGAAUAUGCCGCCUAAUGUCGAUCCACUCCCUGAGUCGCCUAUAUUGGGAUACCCACCGAUGGCCUUUGGAAUACGCAAUGCCGUGCAUGUACAUUGGCAAAGCAGUACAUCAGGUGUAUGUCCUCCCGGAUACUACAUAGUUUAUUUUGCAGCAACCUUAUCAGAUAACGAAGAAGCCACCCUUGAUGAGCUCUUCGAGGGGUACAUAAAUAGUCUGACGACAUCGCGAGAAGACAUAGAAUUUUUAAUGGUCUACGUCGAAGAGGAACGUGAAAUUGAUGUAAAAACAGACGUGGAGCUUAUAAAGCAAGAACCUACUACAUUUGCGCCAUUCGUAGAACCUUCUGAAAAAGCGGUCGAGGAAGCCUCGAGGGUGUUUGAAUUGCUAACUAAACGGGAAGCUACCGAAAUGUUUGCGACUACAAGAGAAAAAGAAGAAGAAUGAAAUUAUUUUUUUAUGAAUCUGCAUUUUUCUAAACUAAAGCUCUUAUUCUCUAUCAACGAUGUCUGAAGAGGAUAAAGUGAAUAAUGUGCCUGUAAUUUUACACUCAAUUUCAAGCCAGCAUGCAAUUCCAGAGGAAAUGUACAUGAUUCCUUCAAACUGGAAGAGAUACCAGCUUUCACAGUUGAUCAAUAGUUUGUUAGAGAACAGCAAAGCUAUUCCAUUCGAUUUCUUUGUUGGUGAGGAUGGUACAGGUGGUAAAUUAAGCUCUGUAUUGAGUGAAAUAAGUAAUGGUGAAGAAACUUUACAUUUAUCUUACAUACCUUCUAUACUACCACCUAAGCACCUCUCUACCUAUUUACAUGACGAUUGGAUUUCUAGUGUAUCAAUAAGAAGCCACAGUGAUGCUAAAUUUCUCACUGGAAGCUACGACGGUUUAGCUAGCAUAUGGAACAGUCGGAACGAAAAGAUCUACGAGUUGGCUGGACACAACGGACCAGUCUUGGAUUUAUCCUGGGUUGGUGAUAAGGCUGUAACAGCUGGACAAGAUUCAACACUCAAGUUGUGGGAUAUACCAGAAUCAGGAAAGCCAAGUCAGUUGUUGGCAUACACAGGCCACAAAAAUGCAGUAUCGUCAGUUAGAUCCGCUAAGCCAUUGACUGAGGGCGAACCAUGGACAGUUUUGUCUGCAGAUUGGGAUGGUUUGGUUUGUCUCUGGGACACCCACAUUCCAUCAUCCCACGAAGUUGAGAUUGAAGAUGAAGAACCAUCAACAAAGAAGCGUAAGAAGACCAAGACGGUUGACGUAUUACGCAAGGCACCUCUUCAUCAAUUGCGAGGACACACUGGGAGUGUAAACGGUGUAGCAUUUAGCAAAUCUGAUCCUACAGUUGGAUACACAGGUGGUGCAGAUCAUAGCCUCAAGAGUUGGGAUUUGGGUGUUGGGUUAGAGAAUGACACGCGGGUUGGUAGCAGCGUCAUCCGCUGUUUGGACAGUCUUGUCGCACCAUCGACAAUUGUGAGUGGACAUGUCGAUCGUAGUAUUGCUUUAUGGGAUAUGCGUGCAAGCAGCAACAUUUCACAAAAGUUACUCGGACACACAAGUAUCGUAGAGGCUAUACACGCUCAUCCAACAUCUCCUAACCACUUCGCAAGCGCUGGUAUGGAUGGUAACAUUAAAUUAUGGGAUAUACGUUCACCAAAGCAAUCAUUAUUCACGGUUGUUAGAAAACCCUCCAACGGAAAGAAGGAAAAUGAAAAGAAAAUACUCGGUUUAGCCUGGGAUUCUCAAAUACUCGCUAGUGGUGGUGAAGAUUGCGCUUUACAACUUCAUGAAGCGAGUGCAUAGAUUUUUUGUUCUAAUAUAUAAUUUUAUUUAUUGUUAUUUCGAUAGUGAACUUGA